UGAUCUACGCGGCGCGGUCCCAAUCCCGGUCUCCAAAAAUGUGCUCCAACGGGAGUAGCUAGGCUCGGCCGCUUGCAAGUGCGCACAGUCAGUGACACUCUCGGAUGGAACCAUCUUCGUCAGUUGGAAGCAGCACCCCGAAAGCACCGAGCAAAAUGAAUCAUGUGCGAGCGGCCGUUAGAAUCUUGCACAUCGUGGCGAUGCUGGGAUGGCUACCGUAUCUAACGGCUUUCCACAUUCCACCCACCAAACCAGGAAUUCAGACGUUGAGUAGUCUGAUAACAUCCACCAAGCAGAACCGCAUGCAUCCGGCACAGUUCCUUGUGCCGCCCAAGGCGUACAACUCGUCCGACGAGGACUAUGAAGGCUCCGCCGAGAGCAUAGACCGAAGUUACAAAGCGCGCAAGAUUGUCUACAAAUAUCCGGUGCGAUAUUCGAAGAAGAAAGUCAAACAUCCGCCGCUGCAUCCCAAGCUCUAUACGCCGUACUCGCACUGGACCAAGUGCGACGUGUUCUGUCGACAGCGACGGGAACGGUACUGUGUAGUGCGGUCCAAGUGUGGUUAUCACAUCCACGUGGAGGAACGUCGAUGUCAUCGGCAUUUGUGUUCGCCAUUGACGAUCCCCGGGGAGUACGAUCGCAUCCCGGUGCACAAGUACUCAGUCACGGGUGUUGAACCGUGGAAACCGAAGAAAAAGAAGAAACGAAUCAUCGUCGAGGAAGAUGACGAUGAUUACUACGAUGACGAUGAUGAUGAUGAUACCGAGUACGUAAUCGUCAAGAAAGCCAAGAAACCCAAGAAAACCAAACACAAUCGUUGGAAACGUCCGCACAUAGUGUACAGACACCGAAAGUUUCCACUGAACCAUCGUCAGGAAUCGGACUACGAAGAUGAUGCCGAGUAUGUGACGGAACAGCGGAUACACAACCAACGGAAACCGCUCAAGGUCAUUGUCGACGAUUUCGACGACCGGAAGAUCUUCAGUCCAAGUCCUCAUUUCAAUCACCAUCACCACACGGUGCAAAAAUUCCAGCGAAGACCUCACACGGCCGUGAUCAAACGAAAGCCUUCGCGCCUCACGGAUUACUUUGAAGACUACUAUGAUCACCAAUUUAGGGACGGUACCGGAUUCGCCAGCCGACAUGAUGAUCUGGUAGAUCUCGAUGGGCUGCCGGCGGUACAUGAAGCUCUAACCGGAGAAACUGAUGACGAUCGCAACGCCGCAAAUAUGACAACGUCUUCAACGGAGUUCAACAAGCUGAUGGAGUCGUUCCCAAGUACUGAACCAUCGUCCGGAGAGUCACGUCACACCAAACGGGAUAUUAGUAAUUUCUUGGAUGAUUCCAGCGAAGAUCUGGAUGGUUCACAGGAAGAUGACUUGAACAGUGACAGUCCGGAUGAAAGCUCUAGCGAUGGAAAGAAAUACCCGGAUAAGAGCAUGCUGAAACUGGGGACUGCCGUUACACAGAAAAAGGCAAGGGAAAAGGCAGUCUUCGAAAUGCCACGAAAGGUAGACAAUCCGUAUUCCAAGUGGAGCCGGUGGUCCAAAUGUACGGCGAAGUGCACCACUCGGAGAUUCAAACGAUGUAAGAUUCCGUCCAUCUGUAGCAACGAUAUCAUCCGAGAGGUUGCCUACUGCUAUACUGAGGGUAGUUUCUGCGAGGAAUGGAUCGGUAACCAACUGUACCAGAACAAUAAGCCCCAGCAAACACCGACGACGGCUGUUGUCGCAACGACCCCGAAACCCACGAAACCUGCUCGAAGUCAAGCGGUAGCACCCUAUCAACCAGCAGGCCGGGCCCGAAACGACUUUCAGGACAACUCGAUAGCACAACAACCCGCGGCCAGUCGGAGAGGUUUCCUCCAACCGGAAUACAUGCCGCAGGAGUUGGCCUGCGGAAUUCCGGCGGUACGAGGGAAACCGAAAAAGUAUCUAUACAACAUGCUUCGUAUCAUCGGCGGGAAGACGUCUCGCCGAGGACAGUGGCCAUGGCAGGUUGCCAUCCUAAAUCGGUUUAAGGAAGCCUUCUGCGGUGGAACACUAGUCGCUCCACGCUGGAUCCUCACAGCGGCGCACUGCGUCCGCAAACGGCUCUUCAUCCGUCUUGGAGAGCACAAUCUCCAGCAGUCGGACGGAACGGAGAUGGAGUUCCGCAUCGAGUUCAGUAUUAAACAUCCACGGUACGACAAAAAGACAGUUGACAACGACGUGGCGCUGCUGAGGUUGCCACGUGACGUUGAACGAUCUACCUAUAUAGGCUAUGCCUGUUUGCCGGAACGGUUCCAAGCCCUACCCACCGGAAAUACGUGCACCAUUAUCGGCUGGGGCAAGAAGCGGCACAGUGACGAGGCAGGAACGGACAUUCUGCACGAGGCAGAAGUGCCGAUCAUCAGCAACGAUCGCUGCCGAGCGGUGUACCACGACUACACCAUUACGAAGAACAUGUUCUGCGCCGGUCACAAACGGGGCCGCGUGGACACGUGCGCCGGUGACAGUGGAGGACCGCUGCUGUGCAGGGACUCGACCAAGGAGAACAGCCCUUGGACGAUAUUCGGAAUCACCAGCUUCGGCGAUGGCUGUGGAAAGAAGAACAAGUUUGGUAUUUACACCAAGUUGCCAAACUACGUGGACUGGAUUUGGUCGGUGAUAAACUGCAACGGAAACUGCCGAACGUGAUGGGUGGCGAGAGAGAUACGAGACGAGUAGUAGAAAGUGCAAAUGUGAAUGAGAGAGAAGGGUACAGUGCGAGGACGGAUUUCAGCUGAAUUUUUAUGUAUAAAUUACGAAGCUUCUAUGAUGUAGAGAGAUGAUCUUCUUUUCACGAUCUUAUAUUUAUUGACGAGCGGUACGAAAUUGAGCUCAUUAAUUGAGAAGAUCUAGCCGUAUCAAUAAAUUUUGUGCUAGUUAUUUAUUAAAUUACUGUGUAUAGUACUUCUACGAACAAUAAAAGUGAUAAUUUAAAAACAGUUA